AAAAGCGCUUACGGCGUACUCUCUGGCUGGUGCGUCGCGCAACGGACAGCAAACAGGUGGAAUCGUCAACAAAGGCAGCCAGCUGCCAGCGCUGCCUCAGCCAAGAGCAAUGUCAAAGCAGCUGCAGCAACAGGAAGAACUGAAUACAGACCCCACGUCCGACUACGAGGAGCAGCAGGAGUUGGAUCAGCAGGCGGAGCAGGACGAGUAUGAUCCGCUGUCCAAUCUGCUGCGCCUGCAGCUGCGCAAGCCCAGCCACUGGAACUGGGAGCUGAGCACCUCGCGCAGCUGCAGCAACAUAGCACUGCCCCGCAUACUGCUCUACGACCACACGGGCGCGCUGCUGGUGAACGCGGAUGGGCACAGCGAGCAGACCUACCGCCCCAGCAGCGCGCAGGACUGCAGGCGCAAGCGGGCCUCGAGCAGCCUCAGCAGGAGCCUGCAGCAGGCGCGACUCGCCGGCAGGCUAAAUGGCCUCAGCAUAGGCGAGGCGACGGCCAGCAGCGAGGCGCACUCGCUCGUGAGGCAGCAGCUGGCCGGCAGCUGCAUUGAGUUCAGCACCCACGAGCUGCCCGACUGGCGGCCGCGUGAGGGGGACAGCUCGCGACGCUCGAGCUCGCUGCGCGGCGAGCGGCUGCCGGUGGAGGCGUACCCCACGCCGCCGUCCACGUCGACGCUGACCACUACGGCGAACUCCUCCUCGUCCGGUCCGCGGGAGAAGCGUCGCUAUCGACGCUCGCAUAGCUCCGGCCAGCACUCGAUUCUGGAGCGGUUCAGCAUGACGCGCGGGCGGCACUCAUCGCCCGAGUUCGCCCAGGAGCAGGAGCUGGAGCACAGGCCGCGCUACUACCUCUGCAGCAGCAAGGCGGGCACGCUCGUCGUCCAGGAGGACAGCUUCAGUCGCGUGCGGCAGCGCCGCCGCCGGCAGCGGCACUCCUCCACCGAGAACGUGCUGUCACCUCAGGCCAAAAGCCCCGCGGAUAGCGACGUGCAGGUCACGGCGCACAAGCGUCAACAGUCGCAGCUGCGCUGCCGGCAGGCGCCACCAUUAACAUCCGACGAGGACGCCGAUGCCCCAGGCCAGGGCCAGGGCCAGGGCCCCAAGCCACAGUCGAGGCACUCGCGUUGCAGGCGUGGCAAGCGCGCUUGCGGCAAGGAUUCGCCGGCGCCAGAGCUCAUCACAGUCGAUCCAGGCAACUGCAUCUAUCGAGCGGAGCCCUGUGCGACGCAGCGCUGACUCUCGGACGGGAUACACGGAUAAUUAUGCUCACGUGAGCAUCGAGACGACUUACUGUUAUUUAUUUAUAUCAUCUUCAUAUAUGGGCCACCUCCUGCUUUGUUUUGGUCUUGAGAGCCAACUCUAUGUAAAUUAACGCAAAUAAAAACAAGAACACAAACAGU